AUGCCCCCUAAGGAGAGAAAAACGAAAGAGCAAAUUGCGGCUGCCGCAGCGGCAUCGGGAAGAAGCAAGAAAAAGAAAUGGGGAAAGGGAAAGAACAAGGAAAAACUGAACCACGCCGUGUUCAUUGACAAAGCUUUGCAGUCAAAAAUCCUGGAGAGUAAAAACCUGAAGGUCAUCACCCCCUCCACCAUUUCAGAAAAAUACAAAGUCAACUUAAGUGUCGCCAGGUCCGUCAUAAAAUAUCUAUCGGAGCAAAAUUUAAUUAAGGAGGUUUGUAUUCAGAGCCAUAGUCAGAAACUAUACACAAAGGUUGCAUAG